AUGGAUUCCUUCCAGCAGCAGCAACAGCAGCAGCCCCGUGGCGCUUGCUACUCUUGCGGUUCUACCGCUCACCAGGCUCGCGACUGCCCCACUAAGGGUCCUGCCAAGUGCUACAACUGUGGCGGCGAGGGCCACAUGAGCCGUGACUGCACUGAGCCCAUGAAGGACAACAAGUCCUGCUACAAGUGCGGCCAGCCCGGCCACAUCUCCCGUGACUGCCCCAUGAGCGGCGGUAGCGGCCAGGCCACCGAGUGCUACAAGUGUGGUGAGAUCGGCCACAUUGCCCGCAACUGCAACAAGUCUUCCUACGGUAACAACUACGGUGGUGGUUUCCAGCAGCAGGGUGGUGCCGGCAAGACCUGCUACUCUUGCGGUGGUUUCGGCCACAUGUCUCGCGAGUGUGUCAACGGCAUGAAGUGCUACAACUGCGGCGAGUCUGGCCACUACUCUCGUGACUGCCCCAAGGAGUCCGCUGGUGGUGAGAAGAUCUGCUACAAGUGCCAGCAGCCUGGACACGUCCAGUCUCAGUGCCCCGGCAACUAA